AUUGGUAUGCGGUCUCACUGAUUUGGUGCUUCAGUUCAAGAUGGCGAACGAUGCGAGCAAACUACUACUGUCUUCACACCAAGAAAAAACCAGUCAUUAUACCUACCUGAAGGAGUUCCGCGUGGAGCAAUGCCAGUCGUUCCUGCAGCACAAAUGCAACCAGCAUCGCCCCUUCGUUUGCUUCAAUUGGCAUUUUCAAAAUCAGCGUCGUCGACGGCCAGUACGUAAACGCGAUGGCACAUUUAAUUACAGCGCUGAUAAUUAUUGCACCAAAUAUGAUGAAACAACUGGAAUCUGUCCCGAAGGCGAUGAAUGUCCCUUCCUACACCGAACAGCCGGCGACACCGAGCGUCGAUACCAUUUACGCUACUACAAGACAUGCAUGUGUGUGCACGAUACGGACAGCCGGGGAUAUUGUGUGAAGAAUGGACUUCACUGCGCUUUUGCGCACGGCAUGCAGGACCAGCGACCACCGGUGUAUGAUAUCAAAGAGCUGGAGACACUGCAGAAUUCGGAUAUAUCGUUGGACGGUACCAAUGCACAAAAUGCGCUCGAUAAGGAGCGAAACCUAAUGAACGAGGAUCCCAAGUGGCAGGACACCAACUAUGUGCUGGCCAACUACAAAACCGAGCCAUGCAAGCGUCCGCCCCGUUUGUGUCGCCAGGGCUAUGCCUGUCCACAGUACCACAACAGCAAGGAUAAACGUCGCUCGCCCAGAAAGUACAAAUACAGGUCCACACCAUGUCCCAAUGUCAAGCACGGCGAGGAGUGGGGCGAACCGGGUAACUGUGAGGCCGGUGACAAUUGCCAGUAUUGUCACACACGCACCGAGCAACAGUUUCAUCCGGAAAUCUACAAGUCCACAAAAUGCAACGAUGUACAACAGGCUGGCUACUGCCCUCGCAGCGUCUUCUGCGCCUUUGCGCAUGUGGAACCUUAUCUUGUCAACGAGCAGAAGAAGCGCGAUCAAGAAAUUGCCUUAAGCGAACUCAUUUCCAAUGGCUUGUCCGGUAUGAAGAUGCAGGAUGAGGUCGCUAAUGGCAAACUGUCUACAGGACUGCUCCAACUGAGCAAUAAUUUAUUAAAUAUUGAUGGUAAUAAUACAACCAACAAAAUGUUUGUAGAUGCUUUGGAAAAUACAACUAAUUCCAGCAAAAUCUUAAAUAUCUCACUACCACUGGACAGCCAUCCCUGUACAUUGGAAGAUCCACGCGAGAAUUCGCUAUCGGCAAGUCUGGUUAACACUAGUUUAUUAACACGUUCCUCGGCGCCAAUUAACAUUCCUAAUACGACACUAAGUAACUCUAUUAACGACUUCAAUUCAAGUGGUUUUGCCGUCAACAUUCCCAGCAGCUCGCUCACAUACAGCCCGACAAAUCAUGCCAAUCUAUUCAAUGUGUAUGGCGCCUCCAAUAAGCUGAGCAAUUCCCUAUCGGCUGCUACGCAAAACGAUAGCAAUAGCAUGUUUUUUCCGUCGCGCAUUAUAUCGCCUGGCUUCGGCGAUGGCUUAUCCAUAAGCCCAUCAGUUAGAAUAUCCGAAUUAAACACCAUACGUGAUGACAUCAACAGCAGCUCCGUGGGUAACAAUCUAUUUGAGAACACUUUGAAUACGGCUAAGAAUGCGUUCAGCUUGCAAUCACUGCAAUCGCAAAACAACACCGAUUUGGGUCGUAUGACCAAUGAGUUGCUCACGAAGAAUGCGCAGAUUCAAAAGCUGUCCGUACGACUUGAGGAGCUCAUGUGCAAGAUAAAAAUAGCCGAACUGCAUCGCGAUAAAGCCAAACAGGAAGCCUUGGAAUGGAAGGACCGUCACGAUCUAGUGCAAAUACAACUCAAUCUACCCGGAGAGUUGCGCGAUUUAUCCAUACAGAAACUAAAGCAAUUACAAUCUAAACUGCGCACCGAUUUGGAAGAAGUAGACAAAGUAUUAUAUUUGGAAAACGCCAAGAAGUGCAUGAAAUGCGAAGAGAACAAUCGAACCGUUACUUUGGAGCCCUGCAAUCAUCUGUCCAUUUGCAAUACAUGCGCCGGUUCGGUUACCGAGUGCCCCUAUUGUCAGGUGCCGGUAAUCACAACACACACAUAGAAUAUGUUUUAAGCGCUCCAGAACUUUGGAUGAGCCCCUGUGCCUAGUUGGUACAGAGCGUGUUCACGCAGUGACAAUGGAUGAUAGAAACUUUAAUUGUAAGCAAAAUGUUAAACGUCUAGCAAAUAUGCCGCGGCUGGCAUAUGACAGAGCUUACAUAUAUACUUAUAUUAUUUAUAUUACUCUAUAUGCAAAUUAAUUAUCUUGGAUAUUAGCAAUUACUAGGCACAAAAUAUGUAAUUCGUUUAGCAAGCAGCUAUGCAUUUGAAAUUUAUUACUCGUCUAAAUUACGCUACAGGAAAUUUUCUU